ACUUACGUGUCAUAGCUGUAACACGCCACGCAACAUCAGUCUCUGGCGAACCUUUUUAUUACAACAAAGAAAACCAAAUUUUUGUCUCAAACUAUACCACUGCUAAUCCAUAAUGUCACGUUUGAUCCAAGCUCGACUUUCCCUCUCCAGAUUCUCGAGCGUGGCACCAUCCAAAAAUCUUCGGUUUUUGUCAACUGAAUCUAAUAGAACAGAUGAGCCCUUUAGAGUUGAGGAAGCAGAAACAGUAAAUGUGCCUCCACCUCCAACAGAGAAGCUACUUGUGUUGGGUGGAAACGGCUUUGUUGGCUCACAUGUCUGCAAAGAAGCUCUGGACCGUGGUCUUACUGUUGCUAGUGUUAGCAGAACUGGAAGGUCAUCAAUACAAGAAUCCUGGGCUAACAGUGUGACCUGGCAUCAAGGAAACCUACUUUCAACUGAUUCGUGGAGUGACACACUCAAGGGAGUAACUUCCGUUAUCUCUUGUGUGGGUGGCUUUGGCUCUAACUCAUACAUGUAUAAAAUAAAUGGGACAGCCAACAUAAAUGCAAUCAGAGCUGCUGCACAAGAAGGUGUUAAAAGAUUUGUUUACAUCUCUGCUGCAGACUUUGGUGUUGCAAAUUACCUGUUACAAGGUUAUUACGAGGGAAAGAGGGCAGCUGAAACUGAACUGCUGACCAAGUAUCCGUAUGGAGGAGUAAUUCUGAGGCCUGGGUUUAUUUAUGGUACGCAUCGAGUUGGGAGCAUGAAGCUACCUCUAGGUGUAAUUGGUUCUCCUCUAGAGAUGAUCCUGCAACAUGCCAAGCCGCUGAGUCAAAUACCCCUUGUUGGGGCGUUGUUUAUCCCUCCUGUUAAUGUUACUGCAGUAUCAAAAGUUUCUGUGAGAGCGGCAACAGAUCCUGUAUUCCCUCCUGGUGUGAUUGAUGUUCAUGGGAUCUUACGCUACAGCCAGCAGAGAUCUGUAUAGAUGAAUGAUCAAAAGGAAAGUAUGAUACAACUAGAUUGAAUUCUUUUUUUCCCCGUUGGUGUUUCAAUAUUGCAUUUUGCAAUUAUUACUCGUUUGAUCACAUUGUAAUUUAUUAAGUAUGAAGUUCAAGAAAAAAAGAAAAUAGAAAGAGGAUACAUAAAAAUGAGACUUGCAGAGAUGGCAAACUGGGAGAGAGGUGCUGCAACAAUUUCAACCCUCAUUGCCUUGUCUAACAACUUUUGUGCUUUUCCUCUGAUCCGCCUUUACUGCGUAGAUUUUGAGAUUUGACCUGAUUCGCCUAGCUCAGGAUUUCUCUUUGUUCCUUAAUAUCUCACUUAGUUAUUUAGUAAAAAUAAGUUUAACAUGUUACUUUUGCAAGUUGAUGAGUGUAACAUUAUCCAAGCAGUUUAAGCUUUUGUCGUGUUUUUAUUUUUAAUUUUUGUGUAGUGUAGACUUGAGUAUAUUAUAGAAUCAAAGAAUAAUGCAACUCAUAGCCUAUGAAGAAAAUCUUCCAAUGACUAAACUCUUGAUUAAGCUGCAAAUAUCAAUAGCAGUGAACAUUAAACGGGUAGGAGCCAGACUAGAUUUAAUUCAUAAGUGAAGCGUAUAAUAUAUUAACUUUUGGAUGGUUCAGAAAACAAGUUCCGCUUUGAUUCUAGUUACGUAGAAUGUUGACUGACAACCAUAUUGAUCCCUCUUAGUAAAAUAAUUUGCUGCACACCUAUAUCUGAUUGUCUUUGCUUUUAAUAGGUGAUGUCGUUAAAUUCAUUUUCUGGCUACGGUGAUAGCUUAAAUUGAAAAAUACUAAAUUCAAAUAAUUGUUAAGACUAAUAAAUUUUCUAAAUCCAGUUAUCUAAGGAAUUUCUGUUUUUGUUUCCAAACUAUAUUGAAAAUCUAGGAUGUUUUCUCGAGACAGGAAUAGAUGUUUCAACGGAAAAAGCUCAAAUAUACUAUCGAACUAUUAGAAAAUGCUCAUUCAUGCCACACUUGUUAAUAGUUGGGCUCAAAAAUGUCACCGCUGUUAUCAUUUUGUGUUAUAUAUGUCAUUAUUCACUAAUAGAACUCUACUACUAUCAGAUUUUGUUACGUGUCAUUAUCUAAACCUUUUAUUUUACGAGUGGUAUAUAUGAGUCUUCUUUAAGUUCAGUGGCAUAUUUGAGCCUUUUCUAUAUAAAUCUCUAUAUUUUCUAAUUUUAUGUAAUAAACUUAUAAGGACAAGUUUGUCUCUUUUACUAAUAACUUAACAUUAUUAUUUUACAUGGAAAAUUAUACUUUCUUAUUUGAUUGAAAUAUGAAUCUAAUCUUAUUCUACAUCAUUCACAGUUUUUAUGGCUCUUUUAAAAGAGAGUGCACUAAUGAGGUGUAAAUGAGUAUGGAAAAUUACAUAUGAGUUAAAUUUGGGGUGUUAAUAAUGGUU